GCAAAAUCGUACGUUGAUGACGUUGAUGCACAGCAAAAUCGUUCGGUUUCACUGGUCGUGAUGAACAACAGUAGGUUCUUCUUUCGGACCCAGUUUUGCGUUUGCUUUUACUUAAGAUUAAAUCAAACGUCCGCUACUCCCUCGUCCUCCUCGGCAGCCAAUAGGUCCGGUUUCGUGCCAGUUUUAUUACGCCCGUAGUUUUUUCUUCGCUGUACUUCUGGAAAGCUCCCUGGCUCGUCAGAUUCUUGUACCAACUCUUCCCGGCAGGUUAAGUCAUCAAAAACUACCCGCCUCCCACUACAUUAUGCAAAAUCUUUUUGCAAUUUCAACUUUAAAAAUACCAAUACCACCACAUUAAGAUAAUUCACACGACCUCCCUGUGAGGACAAUCGAAAGUGCCUCCUCGUCGCCUAACAAAUUCUGUAAUACUUGAUCAGGUUGCGGCGUGUAGUUUUCUUUUGUUCUUUUUUGCCCCUAACGUUACACUAGUUGAUUGAAAUUAAAACCGCCUGAAAUCGACGUCCAAAAUGCCGAUGUCCUUGCAGGAUUUCGAAAUGAUCCGAUCCCUCGGGGUCGGGUCUUUUGGCCGCGUCAAGUUCGCAAAAAUGCUAUCAGACGGCAGUCCAGUAGCGGUAUUGAAGAUAAUAUGCUGAUAGCGAUUUUUCCUUUUGUGGACUAUUGUCUCUGUUUUGCGAAGCUUUGCACGCAGGUGGAAGAAGACCCUUGUUUCAUCUUGCCGAGUUCGUCACGUUGUAUUGCAUCAUUUCAUCGAAAUUUAAGAAAAUACAGGUAAAGUUCAUGAAGAAACACGAGAUUAUCAAGCUCAAGCAGGUGGACCACAUUAACCAAGAGAGGAAUCUGAUGUCACAAAUUAAGCACCCAUUCAUCGUGGAGAUGAAGGGCAGCUUCAAGGACGACCGAUUCGUCUACAUAGUGAUGGAGGUAAUAUACUAGUGCUUUAUUCGCAGGACACAAUUCUACUUUUCCCAUCGCCGCCUAAAAAGCAUCACAAGUUUAAUAUUUUUCACGCAUCAUGAUACAAGAAGAAAAGCCAGGUGCAAUUGUGAGGUUGUCCACCUCCGCGGCCAAAAAAAAAAAUUUAAAAAAACGCAGAUCGUCUCCGGUGGAGAACUUUUCACGCACUUGCGAAAAGCCAACAAAUUCCCGGACGACACGGCCAAGUUUUACUCCGCACACGUCGCCGAGGCCUUCCACCACAUCCACACAUUAAACAUCGUCCACAGGGACUUGAAGCCAGAGAACCUGCUGAUCAUGAGUAUUUUAAGUGGCGUCAACACCUUCUUGUUGCAACUUAGUAUUAUUUCCCCAUGCUUUGUUCCUUCUGCGCAUUCGUUUGUACAGAAACUUUUUUCCUGCUGUGCCCCUUCCCCGUGUUUCAAAAAAAGCCUCAAUAAAACUCUAUCAGGCAACGGCUACAGCAAGCUUACGGAUUUUGGGUUCGCAAAAAUCGUAGAACCGGGUAGCCGAACCUACACACUCUGCGGGACACCCGAAUACAUCGCACCAGAAGUGUUGUUGAACAAAGGCCACUCAAAGCCCGUCGAUUGGUGGACACUGGGUAUAAAAAAUACGUGCAGGUUUAUUUUCCGUAUGACAAAGAUUGACUGCUGCUGCUGUGUGCACCCACGACGACAAAUGUCUUGUGGUUGUGCCCAAGUUGAAGUUCUUGCGAGAACCAGUGUGGAGGAGUCACUUACUUCUCAUGCGCGUGCCCGCAUAAGCUAAACAAGCUGUAAUGCUUGCUAUACCAACACAGGUAUCCUGAUCUACGAGAUGGUAGUGGGCCAGCCACCAUUCUGCGACGAGGAUCCGAUGAACAUUUACCAAAGAAUUCUGGCGGGCAAGAUCUUCUUCACAAAGUAAGUGGAUUUUUUUUCUGUAGUUUUGGAAAGCGCUGUUCUUUAAUGCAUGCAUAACAAAUUUUCUGUGCAUGGACAUGGUGCAACAAAUUGCUGAUGCGCAUCCGCGCGGGGGAUACUACCUCUCUCAUGCGAGUACUUAUUUGAUGUGGGUUUGUGAAAAAUUGAGACCACACAAAUCAAAAAACAGGACCUUCGAGAAGAAUUGCCGUGGCCUGGUGAAGAAGCUGUUAACUGCGGACCUGAGUAAGCGAUACGGGAACUUAGUGAAGGGGUCGCAGGACAUCUUUAACCACAAGUGGUACGCCGAUAUGGAUUGGGACAAAUUGAAAAAAUACGAAAUCGAAGCACCCUUCGUGCCCCAGCAGAGCGGUAUAGCUUUUUGUUGAUCUUCGUGUUGCUCAUGCUCUCUCAUAUAUGAGCACUGAGCUGCACACGACUGAAAAAGUUUCGCUACAGUGCUCCUCCCGCAUGACAUCCUAAGACGCAAUUCUUUUUCAACAGGAAAGAAUUAGUGAUGCAAUUUUGUGUGUAUCUAUCCAAAAACUGUAUCAGGUGACAUGGACAUGUCGAAUUACGAGCAGAUUCCGGACAGUCUCGACCUGCCACCGGCGGUCACGGGGUCGGGCGACCCGUUUGCAGCGUGGUAG